GGCCACAGUACGAGAACUCGUCCCCAUCAAUUAGAAAGGUGGGGGGACAAGGAACAGCUAGUCCACAAUUGGGAUUUGGAAGUUGCAAUGGCCACUGCCAGAGGAAUAAUCUUAUACUCCUUUCUUCUCUGUUCUUUUGCUCUAGUCUCCUCUAGAGCCAAUGCUGGCUACCAUCCACGAGUCGGUAGAGGUCAAGGCGGUGUUGCCCAGCACGGUGGUCGUGGUCGUGGCUCUAUCCCUGGAGAAACAAUAUUUAACGUUCUACAAUAUGGUGCCAAACCCGGGGGGAAAAAGGACAGCACUGAGGCUUUCAUGAAGGCAUGGGUUGCUGCAUGCCACUGGAGGGGGAAGGCAAGGCUUCUUAUCCCUCAAGGCAUUUUUUUAAUAGGGCAGGUCACAUUUCAAGGGCCAUGCAACAGCCCAACUCCUAUAAUUGUUCAAGUGGCAGCAACCCUGAAGGCAGUGACAGACAUUUCUGAAUUUGCCUCUCCUGAAUGGGUCACAUUUGAAGACAUCAAUGGCUUGAUAGUCACCGGUGGAGGCACUUUUGAUGGGCAGGGAGACGUUGUCUGGAAAUAUAACGACUGCCGGAAAAAUUCUAACUGCCAGCUUCUCCCAACUUCCAUAAAGUUCAACUCGAUCACCAAUGGAAACCUUCGCGGGAUCAAUUCUGUGAAUGCAAAAUCAUUUCAUAUAGCCAUGAACAGGUGUCAAAACUUCAGGGCAUUUGGUCUUCACAUAAUUGCCCCUGAAGAUAGCCCAAACACAGAUGGCAUUCAUAUAAGUAGUUCCAAUUUUGUGAAGGUAUCAAAAAGUAUCAUCUCCACUGGCGAUGAUUGUAUCUCUAUUGGGCAAGGAUCCACCAAUAUCAGCAUCAACAAAGUAACCUGUGGCCCCGGCCAUGGCAUCAGUAUUGGUAGCCUUGGAAAGUACCCAGAUGAGAAAGAUGUGAUGGGGAUCAUUGUGAAAAACAGCACCUUGAUGAAUACUGACAAUGGCCUUAGAAUCAAAACAUGGCCUGGUUCACCUCCAAGUCAAGCUUCAGGAAUUCUUUUCCAGGAUAUCAUCAUGAAGAAUGUUAAGAACCCCAUCAUCAUUGAUCAACUGUAUUGCCCAUCGGGGUCUUCCUGCAGAACCCAGCCAUCAAGGGUCAGGAUCAGCAACAUUCAUUACCGGAACAUUCGGGGAACCUCAUCCUCACCCCUUGGAGUCAAUCUAAUGUGCAGCCCUCAAUUCCCUUGCCAAAAUGUUGAAUUAUUUGACAUCAAUUUGAGAUACAGUGGCAAACGGAGAGUUUCAACUCUCACUUCUUCUUGUUCUAAUGUAAAAGCAGGCUUUGGUGGGGUACAAAUCCCACCACCUUGCCGAUAGUUCCUUACUGUUGAAACUACACAUCUUUGUUGCUGGAUUGAGCACGAUUUGUAUCAUUUGAAAAGGAAGGAAAAGACCUCAGGAAUUAACA